CAGCUUUUUCCCUCCACAGCUGCAGCCUAAAGCCUUCGUAUUGUAUAGACGGCUGUUGACUCUGAUUAAGAUUUCUGCCUGCUCCACCGCCUUUCGCUCAUAUGAGAAACCGAUAAAGAGGGAGGUAAACCAGGAAACGUUGUAAGGAUAGGGGGAGGGAAGAGGAGAAAUACUAUUGCGGUACAAAUGGAGGAAGAAGGCGGGAAAAAACGACAACUUUACAAGCCAAACUACCCAAGCGAGAAACGCAGCGCCCGCCUCCCGCGUGCUGGGAAAUGAGACGCCGCCAGAGCGCACCACGUUAUCCUCGUUUUCCGCUCUCCUCCUAAUGGGCGUUUUUCUUCGGGCUUGAGUAAGCCGGAGGUGGUGCUUUUGUCAGGGGCGACGGUAGCGGCCUCGCAGGAAGAACGAACGCCGGCGUGAUGGGGCUGGAGUCGCUGUUGCUGGACGUGGCCAACUGGAGCACGAUCCUGGUGUGCGGGGUGCUCAAGGUGCCUCAGGGAGCCGCCUUGCUGGCUGCCAAGUCCGCUCGGGGAGUCAGCCUAGAGAGUUUGGUGUUGGAGCUGAGCGGUUUCCUUGUAUGCCUGCGAUACAUGAGUUACUACAAUUAUCCUCUGCCAACAUAUGUAGAAUAUCCCAUCAUCAUUGUGCAAGAUGUCAUUCUUUUACUAUUUGUUCUGCAUUACAAUGGCAAAAUGAAGCAUGCUUUGCUUUACACAGUCAUAUUUGUGGCAGGAUGGUACAUAUUAACCCUACAAAAAUGGAUAGUGGACCUGGCUAUGAACCUGAGCACUGUAAUCAGCGCGGCAAGUAAACUUGCUCAGCUUCGGUGUCUUUGGCAGACGAGAGAUUCUGGGCAAGUGAGUGCCACGACUUGGAGUCUAGCUACAUAUACCUGUGCAACCAGAAUAUUUACAACAUUAAUGACAACAAAGGAUACCACAGUUCUGGUCCGUUUUAUAGUCAUGUUGGCUCUUAAUAUAUGGGUCACAGCAACUAUACUGCAGUACAGAAAGACGGCUAAGAAGAGAGACUAAGAUGGGAGUACUUCUGCCAAUUUUAAAUGGUCUGGACCAAAAUGAAGAAUGAAACCAGUAUAAGAGACUGUAAUUAAUACCAAAGUAUAAUUAAGCUGCCAUAAACCAGCAUUCUAUUUAAUGGGAAGCUACUAAUGUUUACACCGCUAGUAGGUAUCAAUAUGAAUUCAGUAGCAGUUUUAUGUCUGUUCAAAUGCAUACUUUGACACGUUUUGUAAAAUUUUAAUGAAUGGACAGUUAUUUUAUGACUGUACCACUGCAUGUGCAUGGCUGUUCUUACAACUUUAUUGAAAUAUUUGAUCAACUUUUCGGACCUCUAGCCUUGUAUCUUUUUAUCAAAAUAAGUGUUUUGGGUAAAGUUGUCAGCACAGCUGUCCCUUUUUGUCAUGUUCCUAGUUAUCUAUAAUGUACUGUGAAGACCAAGAGUACAAGGAUAUAUUAAAUGUUUUUUGCAUGAUUCCCUUCAAGUAUGCAAUAUUAUAGCAGAAACGUAUACCAUAAAGCAAGAACUUCUGGUGUGAGAACACACUUUGCAGGAGUCUUUACUCCUCUAUUUGCAUGAUGAACCUAUUAGUCCUGCCUGCUUUGGAGAAAGUUAAUUGUGCUCAAGUUCCAUGGAUUUUAGGAAGAUUGUAGUAUGGCUAAGUUUCUCUGGAUUGGAGCCUUAGUCUGUUAAACAUCCACCUUCCUAAUGGUAGCUGGCUCACCGUAACAGAGGAACAAUGUGCAUAUAUGUUUAAGCAAAAGCUCUUUCAAAAUAGCUGCAAGAAUGGACUUGUUUCUGUUGAAAUGCAUAUUAAAAUUAUAGACCACUCUUUGAAAUGGUGAUUAAUAGGAGUCUGCUGUACCUUCAGGAGCUUUAGGCUUCAGACAUGCAUCAAUAUAGAUAUAUACUCCAGGAAUAGUUACUCCCUUACAAGCCUUGGGCCCACUGGCUGUGCUGAGAAGCAGUUGCAUGGGCUGCCUUCAUAGGCUUAAGUGAUGUUUUUGUAUGAAAGUUAGAAAAGAGCAGCAAGAUCAUCACAGUUCCAUGCACAUUUCAGAAAACAAAUAUAUAAUCAUAAAUUUAUUUUGAAGGUAACUGGAGUAAGGAAAAGGUGAGAAUAGUCUUUUGUAUGAUUAGAAUGGUGUUAAGCAAACAAAAGUUUUAUAUUAAAUACAGUGCCUGAUUUAGCUCUAUUUGCAAAAAAUAUUCUGACCUUCUUUGUUCUAGCAGUCGUUCAUUAUUUUUAAUGAAUGAGUAAAAUCAAUUUAGUCUAACACUGGGUUGUAAGUUUGUGUUAGAAGCCAGUAUUUCAGGAUGCAUUCCUUGGCAAAAAUUCCCUAUAGUGGAUUAUGGAGUAAAUACUACUAAAGAACUCCCAUUGGGUGGAAAGUGCUACACUCUCAAUAUGAAGAGAGAAGACUUGCUACAAACCAAUGGGGGGGUGCUCAGCUGUUGCCAACAUAGAGCUAAUGGAAGAACUGAAGGAAGCAAUUAAAGUUUGCAUGUCUGUGAUAUCUUAAAACACCUCAAAAAUAAAUUCAAUCUAGUCCAAA